UUUUGUGCAGGUUGCCAAACACGCAGGUCCUGUCCGUCCAGCCCACAGAGGCUUGGAUGAGGAAGUACCCACACUGGCUACGUGCGCUGAAUAGGACAGUUCCUGAAAAUUUUCCCCGGAGUCCCAGCAGCCAUGAAGCUUCGACUGCACUUCGUGGUGGACCCUAUGGGCUGGCUGUGCAUCAGCGUGGUGUUUGGGAUCUGGCUCUACAACACGUUCUUUAUUCCCAAGCUGGUCCUACUUCCGCACUACAACGAAGGCCACAUCCCAUGGGCAAUAGUCGUCUGUUAUUACAUAGCGUCAGCGCUCUGCAUCGCGGCCCUUGUCAGAGCUUCCACGGCAGAUCCGGGCCGUCUUCCUGUGGACCCUCACAUACCUCACUCUGAGAGAGAACACUGGGAGUUGUGCAAUAAGUGCAACUUAAUGAGACCGAAAAGAUCGCACCACUGCAGCCGUUGUGGCCACUGUGUGCGCAGGAUGGACCACCACUGUCCUUGGAUUAAUAACUGCGUGGGAGAAGAUAACCACUGGCUCUUCCUGCAGCUGUGCUUCUACGCUCAGGUCCUCAGUUUAUUCACUCUGGUGCUGGACUUCUGCCAGUACUACUACUUCCAGCCGCUGACCGGACUCGAUCAGGAGAAGUUUACAACACGCCACGAACUGGCCCUGCUGCGAAUCUCAACGCUCAUGGGAGUGGUCAUGUUUGGGGGCAUGUCCAGUUUGUUCUACACUCAGCUGGCAGGCAUCCUAUCCGACACGACCACCAUUGAGAAAAUGUCCCAGUUCUCAAAUGAAAUAUAUGGUGCAAAGAGAUCUUGGCAGUGGGCACUAGCUGAAGUUUGUGGCACUCGCUGGAAACUCUUGUGGUUAAACCCACUGCGAAGCAGACAGCCACUCGUACCCAGCCAACGCUUCCGCAGCCACGUAUAGACCGCUAGCACUGCGGUAUCCGCUACCCGCACGGAUGGUAGGAGCAGCCAUCACGACACACUGUAUACACACACUUAAGAAUCCAUCUGCUCGCCUUCACAGUCCUAGUUUGUGCUAUGAGAGCUGGAUACUCAGACCUUCUUCUUCUUCUUUUUUUUUUCUUCUUCUUCUUUCUCUACACGGCCCAGACUGGCAGUGAACUGGGUCAAGAAACACCUUUUGGAGUGGUGGGAGAAUGUUGCUUUUUUUACUCACUGUGACUGCUACUUUCAGCAUUUGGAAAACCACUUUUAAUGGCUUAUUGCAACAGAAGGAUGGAGGUUUUCACCUGAAAGCAACUGGAGAAAGGGACCCCUCUCAGGUUACUUUAAUAGAGAGCCUUUACUACUGACCCUUAAUCAACUUCAGACAGACCUAGGGUACUUUCAGUAUGUCUAUUAGAAAGGCAUUUGUUUGUAUAAAGUUAUGUGCCUUGUUUCUUUUAACUGUAUCUUCUUUUUUUAUUAUUAUUAUUAUUUGUCACAAUUGAACAGUGUUUUUGUUUUAUAUGUUCUGGUUCAUUUGGAAAUUUUGUGUAAAGGGAUCCGUCAUCAACUUUCUCCUUUGAUCGGUUCACUCAAUGAUUCCUGAAUGUUUUCUUGCAUUGUUCUGUGAACAUUGUAUGUAUUAGGGGUUUUAUGAAGCCACAGAACAAAGUUGAAUACUGUUAUGUGAUAACUUUUGUGAUACAUGGCCGACCGGGCAUGAAGACGCUAGUUAGUUAAGCUACCUUAGUUAGCGCUUGUCAUGAUACAUACACAAAAUAAGAAGCAGAAGCUUAUACAAUCAUACAUAUGCUGUAUAUUUCCUGGUUAAGUCUAAGUUAAUAACAUUCCACAGUUAGUUAAUGUCGUUGCCAGGUCGUAAUUUAAUGUUUAAUUCUUAUUGAAGGGGUUUGAGUGUCAAAAAACUGUCUUUUAAAAUAACUUUAAUCAAUGUUGUGUGUUUUGGGAAGUACACUAAGAGAGUUAAAUGAGAAUGUCAAUACUAGUUAAUGUCUGCAGGAUAUGCUAAAUAUGAAGCUACAGCCAACUGCGGUUUAGCUAGCUUAGCUUAGCUUAUCUUGGGUUAGCAUGAAGACAGAAACCUAGUAAACAUAAAGAAGUAGUAAAACCACUACCUGUCUUUUUGUAAACUUUAGAAAAAAUAUAUUUUUUGUAUGGGUUAAACAAACAUCUGAAAACCAGGCUUUUGGUAGAAAGACUUUCUUGGUGGAGCCAAGUUAGCUCGCUUGCCAUUUUAUAGUCGCUAUACUAAGCUAAUCAGCUUUGCGCUGUAGCUUCACAUUUACUUCACAACAUAGUAUUCAGGUUCUCAUUUUACUCCACCAAAGAAACAAAAAUGUUGCCGUCCGUUCAGCUAACAUUUGCAACAUUAGCACUUACGAUACAGUGUAUUGCAACAAAUAACUUGAAUAUGUGUCAUUUUAUGCUCGUCGUUUAUGAUUUGUAAUGAUCAUUUUAUUGCUGUAAUAGGUCUUUAUGUGUCUGAACCUAAACAAGUGACUUUAUAAAUGCAUAUCUUUAACAGUUAUACAAAACUAGCCAGUUAGCCUACUCAUGAUGAGAUAAAGCUAGUAAUUGCUUGACAUAGAAAUUGUAUUUAUGGUGGUAACUCUACAGAACUGUUUAGGGAUUUUACUGAAUUCUUUAACAGGAUAUUUAAGGUGACAAUAAUAAUAUUAAUACUAGCAUUGUGUGGUUGUCAUUGUCUAUAAUAUUGGCAAUCUCUUAGCUAAUCCUGUGCGCAAACAGAGCUUAUCUUGUGUGAGAAAAUAUUAUCCAAGUAGUUUUAAGUGCCUGUCUAGGUCUUAUUUUUACUGUCAUCAUAUUCAUUGUGCGAUCUCCACACAAGCCAAAGACCUGGGGAAAACGUUGCAAUAGUCAACAGGUAUUCAGUAAGUGCAUGUUUCACCGGCGUGUCUGAAAGUAGCAGUUCAACAUUAUGCACUGAAUUUCACAUUAGAUCACAGAUUGUUGUGUUGUAUUUUGAAAGGAUGACCUUUUUUUUUUUUUUUAAAUGUGUUUACGGUUUGUAUGGUUUGCAUCUGGUUGUUUGCAUUUGCAUGAGUAUGUUCUGGUGAUACAUUUGCUCAGUGGUUUUUAUAUCUCAUAUUCAGGUUCUUGGAAGUUUGAUUCUUUAUUUAAUUUUUUUCGUGGGGACUAAUGCGCGUGAUUGCGACAAAUGCGAAACAUUUAUCUUUUGUCUUCUAAUUUUUGAAAGCAAUAAGCAUUGCAUGUCAGUAAAGCCAUCCUACUUGUUCCAACUUAAAAUCUGUUGUAUAAAGUGGCGGAUAAGUUUCACUUUUCAGCACUUCAGUAACCUCUGCCAAGUUGAACUACCGCUACUGAAGCUGCUGUUUGUUUGACGUAUGCCAUAUCUUCAAUUAACAACAUGUCUCUACACCUUAAGUCGUUAAUAACGGAAACGCUUGAGUUAAUUUGAUCCGAAUCAAAAACUGCAGGAAACUGGAGGUGUGAACAUUUCCGAGAGGCUGUGCUCACUCGCCCCUCCUCGCAGCCAUUACCUGGCAUCCCCCAGGGCUCUCAGUGAGGAUCUGUGUGUUUCCAUUUAAUUUUUGGAAUGUGUUUUCAGGCUUUAUAUGGGUUAAAUCUGACCAACAACACUGGGAAAUGUUUUUGUGUGUGUGUGUGUGAAUUAAAUUAUAACACUUAAACAUGUCUGACAGCUGUUAUUAUUAUUAUUAUGUUACGAGACUGUUAAUUGUGAGAGGUAUUCAUAAUCAAAUAAAUUAGAUUCUGAAUAUGUUUGAGCUGA